ACCGUUUCUUUUCCCAAAAUAACACCUUUGUCUCUUUCUCUCUGUCUCACCUUCUUUCAGAGCUAUUCCAUCUCCAUCCAUAGCUUCUGUGGGAUUCUUUGACCCACCCACAACAAUUUCUUUGUUUUCUUCUUGUUUUCUGCACCACCUUUUCCCCUUCUCUGUGGAACAAGAUUCUACCACCAACCAACUGGGUCAUUUCAUUCCCUUUUGCUUUCUCUUCUUCUUCAUGGCUUCUUGUUGAUGCUUCAGUUCUGCCCAUUUCAACGGUUUCUUCACAUUCACAAAGCGACCAUCAUCAUGGGUUUUGAUGACAAUGUCAAGAACGCAGACGACAAUGCCGCCUCUCGUCUCCCGGAACCAACGCUGCUGCACCACGCCGGAAAAUCUGCCACCGAUGAUGAGAGCGGUGAUGAAGAAGGCCGCACCACGCUUAGCAGAUACAGAAGCGAAAGCUCCAUCGCUGCCACCGAGGAUGAUGACGAUGAUGAAGACAGGAAAAUUGAAUUGGGUCCUCAGUGCACCUUGAAGGAGCAACUUGAAAAGGACAAGGAUGAUGAGAGCUUGAGGAGGUGGAAGGAGCAGCUUCUUGGAAGUGUUGAUAUAAAUGCUGUUGGAGAAACUCUGGAGCCAGAUGUGAAGAUCCUUAGCCUUGCAAUCAAGUCUGCUGAUAGAGCUGAUAUUGUUCUUCCAAUACCAGAGGGAGGAAAUCCCAAGGGUUUGUGGUUUACUUUGAAAGAAGGUAGCCGUUACAGCUUGAUGUUCACUUUCCAAGUUAAUCAUAACAUUGUUUCUGGUCUCAAAUACACCAACACUGUGUGGAAAACUGGUAUUAAAGUUGACAGCAGUAAGGAAAUGAUUGGAACAUUCAGCCCCCAAAAUGAGCCUUACACACAUGAGAUGCCUGAAGAGACAACACCAUCUGGGAUAUUUGCUAGAGGGGCAUAUUCAGCUAGAAGUAAGUUUGUUGAUGAUGACAACAAGUGCUACUUGGAGAUCAACUACACUUUUGAUAUCAGAAAGGAUUGGCAGUAGGAGUCAACUGAGUUCUCAUUCAGUGAUGUGUUUAGUCCUUAAUCAUUGUUAUUUGUACUGUAAUCUCCUUCGGUGUUUACUUCUUUUUCAUUGUUAAUUUAUUUCUAAUCCUGUCUGAGACCGGUAAUUUUAACAAUGAUGAGAGGAUUUGGGGGAUGAAUUGGUAUUCAUUUCAUAGAGAUAGUUUUGUCAAUAAAAUUGAGUUUCACCUGUUUGGUUGCACAA